AUGGCAGUUGACUUAAAACGGAACCCAAAAAUCUUCUACCGGCAUGAGAAUGAUUCUGAGGAUGAGGAUGCCUAUGAACCACCCCCAACUGAACGGCCCCUGAGAAUUGUUACAACAAUUGAACCUAUCAAUAAUAAUGAUUACAUAGGUAAAGCUGAAGAAUUGCAUCUCGCUGUGGUAGAACAUGCGGUCCGGAACGUUAAAUCAGACAGUGAUCCUGCCAACAUGCGUGAUCUAUAUAUUGAUCCCAAAAUUGCUAAAGGUUUUCCGAUGAAUCAAAUUUGUCAAGGUACUCCCCCAAUUAUUCCUGCACGAAUCCACAACCAAUAUCAGUCAUUAACACAAUCAGAGGAUAAAGAUGCUGAUGAAUAUCUAAAACUUAACCACGUAGAAAGCAGUGGAAGUAAAAGUUUACCAGACCCCAGACCACAACUGUCAAUUCCUCCACGAGGAGCAAAUUCACCAACUUCAGUGCCAAAGCCUUCUAUUCUUUUCGGGAAACCAUUUUGUCCCAAGCCUCCAAUAUCACCAGAAGAAAUGUCGAUUCCACCUUUAACUGGCAAAGGCAGUCAAAUUAAAAGCAAUGUUCUUGUGCCAACUCCAUUCACCCAGAGUGUUCCUUUCCCAAGUAUGCAGCAAGGUUCCCUGGUUAAUACAAGGACUGGGCUGAUGUAUUCACCAAGUAUAUUUGCAGAGAAUACUAAUUUGUCAAGCAAACCUUGGUACGCAAGCAAGUGUGAUCGGAAGACAGCAGAAGCUGUGUUACAUGAAAAUGGCAAGGAUGGGGCUUUCCUCGUGAGGCCAAGUUCAGGAUGUGACAGGAACCAGCCUUACACACUGGCCAUAUUGUACAGGGGAAAAGUUUACAAUAUUCCCAUUCGCUUUAUUGAAGGCAACAACCAGUAUGCCCUCGGCAAGGAGAAGGCAGGAGAGAUGUGGUUUAACAGUGUUCAAGGAAUGAUCAGUUAUUAUCAACAGAAUAUAUUGAUCCUGAUUGACCAGCAGAACAACAUUAAAGACUCAAUUUUGUUGCUUUACCCUGUCCGAUUGUGAGCGAUUAGUAACCUUGAAAUUCGGGAACGCCAGUGCAAUGCUGCAGGGACAAGGAAUGGAUCACAGAGCUUCCAACAAUCAAUACCACUAUAGGAGAAUGCCAUAACCAAGUUUCUGGAAUUAUGGCAUUUGAAUUAAAGUAAUAAUUGUAUGGUAUGUUCUUCACAGAUCUGUUAGCCACUUGAAAAUAAAAUCUCAGUUCAUCUUUCUACACUGUUUCUUUAUGCAUAAGUUUGACAAUAAUAUCAGCCAGAGCUUAACCGAAUCAUCAUACGAUAUUCUUAUAUCUUCUGUCUGCACCAGGGGCUGACUGAAUCGUGAUUAAGAGAGGCGACCCUCGAUAGUUUUCCCAUCCACAAGCCAGGGCUGCUGAGUCUAACUGUCGUGCUCCUACCCCAUGAGAUCAGCUAACUCAGCAGAGUUGGGACUGUAUCUUA